AUGCGAUUGUCCGCUUUCAGCCGCAACAACGCCAACAGCAAUGGCAAUCUCGCCGCCCGCGACAAGCACAUCCCCACCAAAGCGCAAGUCGAAGAACUGAUUCAGCCGGCCCACCUCCACGAAUUCAGCCAGUACGCCAAGCGCAACCAACCCCCAAAAGACAAGACUAUCUUCUUCACCGGCCAGCCGCAGAAGGCCAUCAACGAGCUGGUCAAGUGGGCGAACGGGCAGCACCUCACCUCGGUGCGCGACAUCUGGAAGAACGCCAACUUCUUCCAGAAGGGCCAGUACAAGGAAGUCGACGCGGCCACCUUCACCCGCUUCCAGCAGGCCUUCUCCAAGUACUACGCACAGCAGACCGCCGGCACCGCCUAUCUCAUCUUCCCGCACGACAAGACCCCCACCAAGACUGGCAUCUUCUACAGUGUCGAGCUGCCGGAGAUCAUCGCCCAUGGGAAGGUCGAGGAGAUCGUCUGGAUCGAUCAGGAUAGAAUUCACGAUAAGGGUUACGAGUGGAAGACGGAAACCAAGAUCUACUGGAAGAAGGGGGAGAGCAAGCCGGCGGGUGCUUAGAGGAUCCGGACUUCGGACGGUUGGCGGUUACUAGGUUGUCUUUAUGGUCAGUGAUUUAAGAAGACUGUUUACGGUUCUUUGUUGGACAAUCUGGAGAAGAUAGUACUGCGACGGGGGUUUAUAGGUUGGAUUGUUUAGUUGAGCUGCUCCGUCUGGGCGAGUUUGUCGUAUAGAUACUUCAAGAUAGGUAGAACUGUAUGAUAGUACGAAUGGGUUAGCAG